AUGAGUGAUUUGACCCCUGAGGCUGCGGAGAAUGCCAAGUAAGUAAUCUUAGGAGAAUGAAAGGCUUCGGCCAGGUUGCCCUAGUGACAAGAACUCGUACGGAAAUUUCGAAAACGUGACCCGGAACAGAAAAAAUACGUUGGAGGUUACUGGGGAUUUGACAUUUCGACUCGGCUACUGUAGCCGGGACAGCUGUUUUUCGCAAGUUUUCUGAUUUUGUAAUCAUCAAUUAUAAACCGUCUGACUUAUUGGACUUCUUAAAGAAUCUUUAAGAAAACAAUUUUACAGAGAUUCCCAUAGUCCUGACGGCAAUUCUGAAGACUUGGACACUAAACCCAAAGAAAUUAACGUAACCUCGGUCCGAAGUUUUCUUCAGCAAUCGGCGGAGAACCAUCGGAAUGCGAGAUUGACGAUCGCGGAUGAAUGCGUCUCCUUCCUGGAUGAGAUGGAGGCCCGGGCCAAGAAGACCAGCACCUUGACCCCGUCCGCACAACUGGCCGAAGUCGCUCGCGCAGUCUACCAGGUAAAGAUAUGGAGUAAAAUAGGUAAAGAGAGAGCUCGAAGGGUCUCAAAAAGGGCCGGACAAAGGUCGGCGGAACGAGCGCCACACAUCCUGGAGACCAGCACUUGCCGACCAGGUGACCGAUUCCGUAAUUUCGAGGCUAAAUUUCAUGGCCGAGAUUUUAUUUUAUGACUUCCUCUUGUGUCUUUUGGGGUUUCACUGGUCACAUGAGGCAUAACAGAUUACUUUUUACACGUUUUAUUUCAUUGAAGUGUGUAUUUUAUCCAGUUACACAUACCUCUUUCCAAUUUCCUCGUAAGCAAUACUUGUCGGCAAGAAGUAUUUCAAAAUGAGUUGGGUUGAUAAUUAACUUCUAAUCGAGUUACUUCCAUUUCUUUAGUAUUUUGUCCGAGCCGGAUUACAUUCGGCGGCCCGAGAACUGGUUAAUGAGUGCGAAAAGAAAAGAAUACAACUGAAAAUACCCCCGCGUCAUGUUCUCAGGGGAAACGACGUGGACGAAGUCAAGGUAAGAUAAAGAACUUCUCCUGGCAUCUUCUGAAUCUGAGUUAAAACACGAAAAGAAACAGAACAUAACACUUUUUACUAUGGUCAUUAGAGUUAUAUUAUACAUCUGAUUAGUGCGUCUUUUUAUUUUCUAUUUUUGGAUGUCUCGUUGCCAAGUAUCUACAUCUAUUUUUUAUAAAAAAUCCGUGUGGUCACUUGCGUUAUAAAAACCACAUUCAUUAUCAUCUGGUUGUAGAAACAAUUACAUCUGGCGUUCGAGCGCGGAGAGUCGUACAAAUUCUUCAAAGAUUGGUCCGAACUUCAUCCUCCAGGAGCCCAGAUAACCGAAGAAAUCCGAGUUUUGGAAUUCCGACUUCACGUUUAUUUUGCCACCUAUCCAUUGCGAAGGAAUCCGCCCGAUAAGAACGAUUACAAAGAGCGAAUCCAGGAGUUGAAAGAGUAUUUGGAGCUAGGGAAAGGAACGCAACUGAGUGGAAACGCUGAGUUGGUACAAUACUUUGCCUUGCCUUACGCCAACGACCCCAAACAACAUCCAGUGUUCAAAGAGCUUCUACAAGUAAGGGACACAAAAUUUAAGAUAAAAUUGCGAGGAAUUGCGCAAUAAUUCUAAUCCUAUUUUUUAGAAGACUUGGGCAAAAAAUCUCUACGAAGAUCUGGCCAGGAUUCUAAAUAAUUACGGUAGACUCGCCGAAAUAGAAGCCGAAGAGGAGCCAAAAAUCGUCACUUGGUUGGUAAGUAUAUUUUUUGAAUCACUAGGCGAAUAGCAAUAUCAUUACUGUACUUUUUCAGAAAGCCUACGAACGUCAAGAAGAUCCUCAACCGACCAGUCGAGAAAAUAUUAAAGACUACCGAGCACUUCAAGACGACUUUUAUAAGGUCAUUGAGAUCGCUAGUGAACUCAUUGAUGUUUUAGACAAAACAACCUUAGGGCAAACGGUAAGAAAGUUCCAGAUUAAUUUGUAUUGGUUUAGGUAUCUGAAACCCAUAUAAAAGAUAUCUCAACGCGACUGAUCGAUUACACACAAGAGGCCGAAAAACGCAUGCAAAAGUGCGCCAUGGCUGCCAAAAAGAUUACACAUACUCAUCCACUGAGGAGGAACAAGUCUCUGAACACGCGGUACGUUACACUUGACAUUAAUGAUGACAAUUCCUAGAUCCGAUGGUCUCAAAAAGAAAUUGACCGGAUCGGCCGAGAAUUUGGCCAAGAAAUCCGAGUCCCUUCAGAAUCUGCAUCCCGCAGAUCCCUCUAAUUCCUCUCAACCCCACAAUGUAUAUCCUCGCAUCCCAAUCGCUGAACUCCAAUUCACCAGGAUUGCCAAUCAGUUGAUCAAAAAUCCGAAUUCCCGUGGCAGUGCCUUACUCCUGCAAGCCCUGAGGCAACAGAUAACAAGAGCUCCAUCUCUCGCUGACUCCAAUGUUGUUUUAUUAUUAUUUUCUGGUAAAGAUUUUCUCAGCCUCAGGAACAGAAAAAACGUAAGUAAUAAUAAAGCUUUUAAAAGUGCUUGUUCAGAGUAUUGUCGCCACAAUUUGUUCCCAGUCAGAGUCCAGUAUUGAGACCAAGGAAGAGUUGGGGAGACUUCUGAAUGCGCUGGCCUCCUUCAGAAAUGGCCGGAACUACCUCUUAUCCAUUGCUCAGGGCAAAGAGUUAUUAUUCCAGAUGGCGCUGGCGUUGAGGACAAAGAAAUUAAUUGGCAAUGCCGCAGAUCAUGCGCUAGCUUGUCUUCAGAAACUCAGUAUAAGGUACGUAAAGUCUUACACGGAAAAAGUUCAUUUAUAAUGUCAUCAUUUCAGGUCCGUAGUCCAAAAAGAGUUAAUAAUGAGUGGGAUGAUCGAAUGGCUGGUCUCUUUUCUCGAUCAACAGCCAGGAAACUUUGCUCUAGAGUUUGGUACUGCGUUAUUAACAAACCUUUGCCUCAAUGCAGUCAGCCAAUCCACUGUUUUACGCCUCAAGGAUCAGCUGUUGGCCCUCAUGUUGAAACUCCUCAAACAUCCGAAUAUUCAAGUAAGGAUAAUGAUUUUUAUCAUGUAUACUUCUCGUAGAUUGCUUCUUAUAUCAAUGGAACUCUAUACUGCAUAUUUGGAUUCGCUAAAAUAAGAUCCACGGCCAAGGAAAUGGCAUUUGAACAGAUCUUGACCAAUAAGUUGAAUAAGUGCGAAGGGAAAGAUAACGAACUGCAACUUCCUAUUGUCAUCAAAGUUCUGAAAGGAGGUGGGUGUGCUUUCUGAGAAGCAAUCUUGAAAUAGAGUAUGAUGUAUUAAUGCAAAUGGUUGUCAUAAUACUCUUAGGAUUAGCUUUUUCAUCAACAUGAUUACAAUCCUCUCCAAGGAUCUCGAGUCUAAGCGCGAUAAAUGUCAUUCUAAUCUGAUUUCCAUUGUUCUCUUGUCACGUCAUUUCAAGUUCGUCGCAACCGCAGUAAUCUCCAUCCAUAACUCAUAACAUUAUGCGUAAUGUCAUUGGGGAUACGUGUUCCGUGGAGCCUUCUGCCCCGUUCCGCGGGGCGAGAGCCGCUGUUUCGAAGAAGAAGAGGAGGGGCGUUCGGGAGGUGGCGAAGGCCCCGGGGUGUUCAAGGGACCGGGGCGAACGGCGCAGCAAGUGUGGCGACAUGCAUCAUUCUUUCCAUGAGACACAGCCCUAGAGGCGCACUCUCCGAAAAAACAACGGAGAAUAGACGAGAAAAAAAACGCUCGGGCGUGCUUCUGCGACAAAAAGAGAGUCCGUCGAAGUUGGAGGAGACAAAAAAGUCUGCCUGCUUCUCUCGCCGAGGCUGUCUUCUCCCUGUUUUUCAGAAAAUCUCCGAGAUUUUUUGGGUUUCUUCCCUCAAUUCGGACUUCGGGAAUUGGUCAACAAUUUUCAUGUUUUCUCUGGUUAUUAUCGUCGUAUUCCCUCACUGUCUUAAAAAAUGGGAUUCAUCGGGGAUGGCGGUUGUAAUGAAGACUGCCUGAGGUUAUUGUAAUCUGCAUGUUAUUUUUUGGGUUUCUUUGAGGUCUCCGCCCCUUUUCCAGUCCUUUCAUUGCCUCGAGGCGUUUAGGACUUAUGGGUGAGGGAAAGAGUGAGUGAGGUGUGUCCCCAGAUCUUUUUUGAAACAUGCCGCCGGGCUUGACCGCCGGAACGCACAGCCUCAAGACCAAAGAGUGCGGCUGGGGGAGGAGGCAGCCAGGGGUUGUGUCUCCCUUCCUUCGCGACAAGGUGCAAGAGACGUUUUUCUGCUUUUUUCCAUCUCGUCCGUGUUUCAACGUUUUUUCUUUGCGGGGUCUUUACUGCGUUUUGUUUCGGCGUUUCGAAUUUCAGUGCAGUCUGAUGCCCUCCGGGCUCAGAUCUUAUUAAAGGCGGGGAUGGGGUAAGGCCUUGGAGACUGUAGGUACACUAAAUGAUACCGGGUUUGUUGUCCCGACUCACUUCUUUAUUUACUACCACCAAAACAUUGUUGUGGUAGAAUUAAGUACUAACUAGUAAUAAUUGAGGCAUAGAACUAAAUUCGGAUGAAUGACUAUUUCAGGACCUUAAGAGUGGAAACUGCGGAGAUAAAACGAAUCCUAAUUGGAAAGUUAAGUGAAUCCCGCCGGCGGUGACAGGCGGAGACGGUCACCGAGAAAUUGUAGGAUUACACAAUAUAACGGGACGAACACCGGUGCCACAAACCUCUGUUCUCCGCCACUUUUACUUUCGCUUUCUUCUCUUUGCCCUGCCACAAUAUUUCUCUCAAAAUCCCCUAUGAAUACUGUAACAUAUUAGAGUAAUUGAGUCUCGGUAUUCCCGAUUUCCGCCACUUGGUCAGCCGUCUCCCCUAUAAUGGUGCGAUUCUGUUACGCAAGAAGAAAAAAAUGAAAAAAAUUGUGUAAAUAACGAGGUGAAUCUAGAUCUCUUCCCGAAUUACUCUCUCCUAAAUAUAUUGCACUAGAUUCUUUUCCUCUUGCUUCUCGCGCUUUGAUUCCGAUUUCUGUUCCCUGAGACUAUAACUGUGACAGAUUACAAUGAAUGUAAAUCUCGAUUUACGGAUCACAGCUUGUAAUCUCGGGGCCCAGAAUCUUCGGAGACUCGGAUUGAAGGGAGGUUUGUAAUCAGAGAAUGUAAAAGCAGGUAUGGUCAGAGAUACAGACACUUAUUUCUAAAUGUAAUUACAAAUGUUAUGGUAAUUAGGGUGUCGAUUUGAAAUGGAAUAAUAAAAUAAGUCUUAAUGGUUUAUAGAACAAGAAUCUGAGCGUCCGAAGAAAGCCUCCGAAGAGGAGGAUGAAGAAGUAGAUUAUCUGGAAGCCGAGAUCGAAAGCAGUGACUCUCUGAUCCCCAAUAUGACCGAGAUCUUUGGAGAGAAUCUCUUGCAGAAGAGAUACAUGGGAACCAUUCACACUACAACAGCAGCCGUAUCAGAGAACACGGACCUGGCAACAGUCCCGGGUACUGUACCGCAUAAUAACAAGGGCGCCAAACCGCCGAUAAAUAAAGGCAAAAAACUGGGCAAGAAGAACGGCAUCAGGGGCAUUGUGACCUCCACAAAUGAUCCCACAUCACCCGUAAACGAAGACCGCGUCCUCACCAUGAUGUCACAGGCCACGUAUGUUCUCGAGAAUGAUAAGAGGAAACCACUCUUGGUUAAUUGCGGUCUUAGACAUGGUAGGUUGGACAGAAAGUAGGGUCAAACGAACGUUUUCAGUUGUCAGCCAAAUGAAUCAUACCAAAAAUACCACAUUCCAACAGCCAAGUAAAAGAUCUAAAAGGUAACGCAUAAGAAAUAGGGUUAUAUGAGUAUAUAGUGUGAAUCCGAAUGAACCAGGAGAAAAGAAGAACCACAAAGUGAAUGGAGUUAAUGAGGAUAAGGUAAAGAAACACAAGAGUGAAGCAUCGCUGGAUAAUCAAGACUCCGAGAAGAACACCGAAGAAGUCUCCAAGGCCGUCUCGGCUUCAGUUCUCAGCAAAAUUGAAGCUGCUCCGAUAACUGGACCCUUACAAACUAGGAUUCCUGAUGAUGCAAAGUAAGAGAAACAUCCCAAAAACAAUAAAAACGGACCGUAAUUAUAAUAUCACUAUAUUUCAGUGUAAACGAAUACACGGCGGCCUUCGGAUCCCGUCCAAAAGUAAUGCGCACUCCGGAUCAACAGAAUCUGAGCAACAAGAAAACCGACGUAUUCAUUUAUUGA